AUUUGCAGUACUCAAAUUAGCUGCCAUGUCUUCUGAAGAAGGGAAGCUUUUUGUGGGAGGGCUCAACUUCAACACCGAUGAGCAGGCUCUGGAAGACCACUUCAGCAGCUUCGGUCCUAUUUCCGAGGUGGUCGUUGUCAAGGACCGGGAGGCUCAGCAACCAGGUUUUGGUUUCAUCACCUUCACCAAUCCAGAGCAUGCCUCAGAUGCCAUGAGAGCCAUGAAUGGAGAGUCUCUGGAUGGUCGCCAGAUCCGUGUGGAUCACGCGGGCAAGUCGGCCAGGGGAACUAGAGGGGGUGCCUUUGGGGCCCAUGGGCAUGGUCGCAGCUACUCUAGAGGUGGUGGGGACCAGGGCUAUGGGAGUGGCAGAUAUGACAGUCGACCUGGAGGAUAUGGGUAUGGAUAUGGAAGGUCCAGAGACUAUGGUGGCAGAAGCCAGGGUGGUUAUGACCGCUACUCAGGAGGAAAUUACAGAGACAAUUACGACAACUGAGAUGAGGCAUGUGCACCUAAUGUAGAUACACAAGGAAUAAAACUUCUGGUCCAGGAUCAUCCUUCCAAAUGGCUGUAUUUAUAAAGAUUUUUGGAGCUGCACUGACACAUCUGUUUUAGUACAUCAACUUCUAUUUUUGAACUGAGCUCCCAAGGUAGCUUGUCACAAAGACCUUUUAGAAAGCUCCAUGUGUUUUCUAAAAUUUUCUCCCUUUUCAAUACUAAUCUUGGGACAUUUGUAGAGUCUGGGUAUUUUCCUUUUACCAGUUUUUCAGUUUGGACUCUCAGGAUUACCGAUUAUGG